AUGAAGAAAUCAAGAGGUUCCAAGAUGCCGAAAGGAAAGAAAUCAUCCCGUCAGCCACCACGACGAGGAACCCCUGCCAUCAGCAAAGAUUCUCCACUCGAUCAGCCACAACACUCGGAGGAUAUAGUCAUGGAUCCAGUACCAAUCACGCAGAUACCUUUCGAAGACAUCUACUCUCAACCAGGUAACUCAUCUCCCCCUCUCGAAUCACCCCUAGAUGAUAACCCACUUGCAGAAUCAAACCCGAUUGCAGAAACAGAACCGACUGGUUCAGAGGGUAUAUUUGGGGAAUUGAUAGUUGACCUAGACAAAAUCAUACACCAACAAAGUGAAAACUUAGUGCCACAAGAAAAACUCCCUACAAAUGAGGAAGAAAUUAGGGAAUCAGAAUCUAACCCAGAAAUUAGGGUUACAAAUUCAGACACAGUUGACAGCUUUGAAAAAGAGCUAGACAAUAUCUCUACUGAAUUAAGAGUAGAAGGCCACGAAAUAAGCCCAAAUGAAACUAAUCCUGAUGAAAUCCUAAGAAAAAGAAGAAGAGUGGAUCCGUAUGAAGGAGCUGACCCCAGAGCUAAAAGACCAUGUGAUUUUCCAAUCUCUGUGGGGCCUCCAAGAAGGACACCUAACAUCCCACCUCCAAGGAUGACUAGGACUGCUAAAAGAAAACAAAAAGAAGUUGAUGAUGACUGGGAAAAUAGUAAAGAAUGCCAGAAUGAAAGGUCCAAAAAGCCCCAGGUAAAUGUCUCAAAGAAUCAGGGCAAAUCACGAAGGGAGUUCACAUCAAAGGAAAAGGGAAAACAAACAGCAGAAAUAGAUGUUGAAACCACACUUCCAACACCCGAUCUGCCACAACCUCUCAACAACCAGUUCCAGGAUAAAGCUUCAAGCAAUCUGUGGCACAAAACCUCACAACGAAAAAUCAUCCCUCAAAAGCUGGUCAAUCUGGAGAACCUUAAAGAUGGAGAACACAUCAUAGAACUCCUAGCUCAAGGAAAGUUGCUUGACAUAGUCACAAAGAUUGAACCAUUUGAAGAAAAAAUGAUUCAUGAAUUUUAUAGCAAUCUCAAAAAGGAAUCAUCAGUCCCAUCAAAUCCUUUGUAUGGAAAAAUUUACCUAAGAAGAAAUUACUAUGACUUUUCCCCAGAUGUUAUAAACACCUGCUACAACACCUAUGAACAAGAUGAUCAAUUCGAUCAUAAUGUGGACAUCAUAGCCCAGGAGAUCACAGCAGGAAAUGUAGUCCUUGAAAAGAAGAAGAUCAAAGCUGCCUCCCUGACAAGCAAAUAUGCAAUCAUACAGAAAAUAGCUCUGGCAAACUGGAUGCCUUCCUUACAUGAGAACACUGUGAAAUGGAGCUUGGCAGAAUUAUUAUACAAAGUUGGGAAAAAGAUCAAAAUCAGCUAUGGAGAACUGGUACAUCAACAAAUCAUGAAUCUAGCUGAAAUCAAAUCUCCCAAAGCCUCUCUAAUCUUUCCAAACCUAAUCCAAACCAUCCUCACCAAACAAGGACUGAAGACUACCAAGAAGAAUCUCCAACAGAUCAAAACCCUGAAUGUGUCUGUUAAACUGAAAAAGGGAUUUCAUCAAAAUGACCUGAAAAUCACAAGUCCAGAAGAUGACCCCAUGAACACUGAUAUGCUUCAAAAAUACUUCCAGAAAAGACUCAAUGAGCUUAAUACAUCUGAAAGGUACAUAAAGCAGAGACAGUUGGAAAUCCAAGAAGAGAAAGUUGAAGUACUCAAAUGGCUUACAGCCUUAGGAGCAAACAAUAAAGAAGAGCCUGAUAAGGAAGCUGAAAAAUCCCAAGAAGUAAAUGCUGAUGAAGAAGAAUCUGAAGGAGAGACUGAAAAGUCCCAAGAAGAUGAUGCAGAAAAUCAAGAAGGAAGCCAAGAAGAAGAACAGGCUGUUGGAACCCCAGAAGCAACAUCCUCUGACUCAGACUGA